CCAGCCUCACGCUCCCUUUUGCUUCUUCCAGAGGCUGUGGGUGCUGGCUGGGCUCAGAGGGACCCUGCUGAGGGAGCGUGAGUGACGCCUCGGCCGCCCCGGCCCACAGGAGCAGAUACCAUGAACGACGUGGCCAUCGUGAAAGAGGGCUGGCUGCACAAACGAGGGGAGUACAUCAAAACCUGGCGGCCCCGGUACUUCCUGCUGAAGAACGAUGGCACCUUCAUUGGGUACAAGGAGCGGCCGCAGGACGUGGAGCAGCGCGAGUCGCCCCUCAACAACUUCUCAGUGGCGCAAUGCCAGCUGAUGAAGACGGAACGGCCCCGGCCCAACACCUUCAUCAUCCGCUGCCUGCAGUGGACCACGGUCAUCGAGCGCACCUUCCACGUGGAGACCCCCGAGGAACGGGAGGAGUGGACGACCGCCAUCCAGACGGUGGCCGACGGGCUCAAGAAGCAGGAGGAGGAGAUGAUGGACUUCCGGUCAGGCUCGCCCAGUGACAACUCGGGGGCCGAGGAGAUGGAGGUGUCCCUGGCUAAGCCCAAGCACCGCGUGACCAUGAAUGAGUUUGAGUACCUGAAGCUGCUGGGCAAAGGCACCUUCGGGAAGGUGAUCCUGGUGAAGGAGAAGGCCACAGGCCGCUACUACGCUAUGAAGAUCCUCAAGAAGGAGGUCAUUGUGGCCAAGGACGAGGUGGCUCACACGCUCACAGAGAACCGCGUCCUCCAGAACUCCCGGCACCCCUUCCUGACGGCCCUGAAGUACUCCUUCCAGACCCACGACCGCCUCUGCUUCGUCAUGGAGUACGCCAACGGCGGCGAGCUCUUCUUCCACCUGUCGCGGGAGCGGGUGUUCCCUGAGGACCGGGCGCGCUUCUACGGGGCGGAGAUCGUGUCGGCCCUAGACUACUUGCACUCGGAGAAGAACGUGGUCUACCGUGACCUCAAGCUGGAGAACCUCAUGCUGGACAAGGAUGGACACAUCAAGAUCACCGACUUCGGGCUCUGCAAGGAGGGCAUCAAGGACGGUGCCACCAUGAAGACCUUCUGCGGGACCCCCGAGUACCUGGCCCCCGAGGUGCUGGAGGACAACGACUACGGCCGCGCGGUGGACUGGUGGGGACUGGGCGUGGUCAUGUACGAGAUGCUGUGCGGCCGGCUGCCCUUCUACAACCAGGACCACGAGAAGCUGUUUGAGCUCAUCCUCAUGGAGGAGAUACGCUUCCCGCGCUCGCUCAGCCCUGAGGCCAAGGCCCUGCUGUCAGGGCUGCUCAAGAAGGACCCCAGGCAGCGUCUUGGAGGGGGCCCCGAGGACGCCAAGGAGAUCAUGCAGCACCGCUUCUUCGCCAGCAUUGUGUGGCAGGACGUGUACGAGAAGAAGCUCUGUCCGCCCUUCAAGCCCCAGGUUACGUCAGAGACAGACACCAGGUAUUUUGACGAGGAGUUCACCGCCCAGAUGAUCACCAUCACGCCACCUGACCAAGACGACAACAUGGAGUGCGUGGACAGUGAGCGGAGGCCCCACUUCCCCCAGUUCUCCUACUCGGCCAGCGGCACGGCCUGAGGGCCAGCCCAGCCGUGCUCGUGGACGCAGCGUGGGCAGCCACUCUCCUCGUGGACCAUCUGUAUUUAAUAUUUCCUCACUGGCUGCUUUUGGAAGGAACCACACUGCUCCUCAGCACGGAUGGGAAGACAUCUCGUGCCGCGGGGCAGUGCUGUGCGCCUUCGGAGCGGCGUCUUCCCAGCCCGCCGUGGGAGGAAGGUUGUCCUGCGGUUUUUCUUAAUUUAUUUCAUCCAGUUCUCCAGACAAGGCCUCGGCCUUCAGAACGAUGAGAUUCACAGAGGAGACAUUGAGGACUCCUGCAGCCAUGUGCAAUUGGGGGUCCGGGUGGGCCCCGCCCGCGGCCCCUCAGUCCCUCUCGCCAGCUGUCCCUGGCUGUCACCUGUCUUGGCCCAGCCCAGAGGCACCAGAAGCAGCUCGGUCGAGCAGGCCCCCUCCGUUGGGGCCCUAUUGCUGGAGAUGGGGCCCUGGGGUGGGCUGGGCGGGGGUUCGAUCCUAGAGAGGGAGCAGUUGAAAUCUUGCUGUGCAUUUGGGGGGGGUUUCAUCUGAGAGGAGAAAGCCCCUCCUUCCCGCCCCCCCUUUCCCUUGGGACGCCUCCCCUCGAUGGCUUCCCCAGCAGCACCUGACCUUUGUACAAGCUUCUGGCUCCCAAGCGCCCCAGCCCGCCAGCCCCUGCCCGACGCUCCUGCAUCCUCCGCGCCUCCUGGCCAGACACUGCGCUGCACCAUGGCGUUUUUUUACAUUCAACUUGAGUAUUUUUACUAUUAUGAGACUUUCCCUCCAAAUUCUUCAAUAAAAAUGGCUUUUCAACUUU